AUGGCGAACACUAAUACCAAUACUAGUAAAGCUAGUGGAAUUUCUGUGAUUACACUCAAUUGUCAGGGUCUUCGGGAUCCGUCCAAGCGUGCUGUUUUGUUCUCUUGGCUAAAUUGUGUAAAGUCUGAGAUUGUAUGCCUUCAAGAAACACACUCCACCUCGCGAGAUGAAUUUGUGAAUUGGAUCUCACGGGAAUCGGAUGCCGGUAACAAUCCUCAACGAUAUUCUGUUCUUUCUUCUCCUGGGUCCGUCCGCAGUUGUGGUGUUGCUGUACUCCUCAAGCCUGGAUUUACUGUCGAUAGUGAGAUUUUUGAUCAUCAGGGUCGUUUGCAGAUCUUGCACCUGUCCUUACCCUAUUCUUCUACCUUCCAGUUGGUUAACAUUUAUGGUCCGAACAAGAAACCAGAUGGUAUAGCAUUCUUUGAGUCUGUUUUAUCCCAGAUCCAUGCUUCCCUUCCCUCAGUCGUGUGUGGUGAUUUCAACACUGUAGUGGAUCCUUCCAUAGAUCGUGUGGGCUGUAAUCCAUCUUCCCCGUGGGCAUAUAAUUGGCCAAUUUCCCUAGCAAACCUAACCAACGAAAUGGAUUUAAAGGACAUUUGGCGAUUGCGCCAUCCCGAUGACCGAUGUUACACGUGGAGUCGUGCGAAUGGUUCUCAAGCUUCCCGAUUGGAUAUGUUUUGGCUUUCCUCUUCCUUAAUUGACUCUGUUAUCGAUAUUGGUAUUUAUCCAUAUUUUCGUUCGGAUCAUUCCUAUGUUUUCCUCACAUUCUCUCUUCCUUCGACUCCUGAGCGUGGCCCUGGUUUGUGGAAAUUUAAUUCAUCUCUUCUCCUUGAUCCUCACUUUACCGCGGAAGUAACUGCAUUUUGGCAUGAGUGGCAACUUGAGAAGCCUACCUUUCCUAACUUAGCUAUCUGGUGGGAUGCUGGGAAAAAGCGUUUGAAGCUUAUCAUUCGACGCUAUUCGCGGCAACAGACAUCUCUGCGUCGUUCUCGUAUCCAAUCCCUCGAAAGUGCUCUGGUCAAUUUGUCUCGGCGUCAAGGCUUGGGUGAGGAUGUUGCUUCACAAAUUAAGGAGGUGAAAGAUGAUUUGGAUUUGGAAUUCCGUCACAGGGCGCAUGGUGCUCGGAUUCGUUCUAAGGAGCAGUGGGCCGAAGAGGGCGAAACAUCUUCGUGUUAUUUUUUUCGUAAGGAACAGUCCAGUGGGAUGCGUCGUUUGUUCAGCGGUAUUCGGAAUGCGCAGGGCAUCAUUGUUCGUUCUAUUUCGGCCAUUCUUCAUGUUUGGUGUCUUUAUUAUGUUCAUCUAUUUACUGCUUCCAACUUGUCCCAACCGGAUCAAAAUUUUUUCCUCGAUUCUCUGGACCUUAAGCUCACCGAUGCGGAGUCUUCCCUGUGCGAAGGUGAUGUUCUCAAUACUGAGUGUUUGGCUGCUUUGAAAAGUUUUAAGAACAAUAAGUCCCCUGGGCUCGACGGGCUUUCCUACGAGUUCUAUAAACACUUUUGGAACUUACUCGGUAAUGACUUGGUGCAUGUGUUUAAUUCAUCUUUGAAUACUGGCCUGUUAUCCUUUUCUCAGCGCACUGGUGUGAUUACCUUAUUGUACAAGAAGGAUGAUCGAUUUGAUACCAAGAACUGGCGUCCUAUUUCGUUGCUUUGUUGUGAUUAUAAGAUCCUUUCAAAGGUUCUCACUAAUCGUCUUAAGCUGGUUCUUUCAUCUGUCAUCUCUCCCGAACAGUCCUGUGGUGUUCCUGGCCGUUUUUCUGGCGAGAGUGUACGUAUGCUUCAAGACAUUGUCAAUUAUGCACAUCUUCAUGAUAUUGGUGCUGCCAUUUUGUCAUUGGAUCAAGAGAAAGCUUUCGAUCGCAUUGAUUGGUCUUUUAUGCUGAACGUGUUGGAGCGUAUGAACUUUGGUCCAGUUUUUCGGUCUUGGGUAGCUUUACUGUAUACGGAUAUUUUCUCUCGGGUCCUGGUCAAUGGUUUUACUGGUGAAUUGUUUCGUGUCACUCGUGGCGUUCGGCAGGGUUGUCCCCUCUCUCCCCUUUUGUAUAUUCUAGUCGCCGAGACGUUAUCCAGUGCCCUUCGGAAGGAUCCGAAUAUUGACGGCUUUGAAUUGAUGAAUGGACAGUGUGUGAAGUUAUGCCAAUAUGCUGAUGAUACCAGUAUACUUGUUCAAUCGGAUCAAGCUCUCCUCUCCGUUUUCUCUUUAUUUUCUCGAUAUGAACGUGCCUCCGGGGCUAAAUUGAACGUUUCAAAGAGUCAUGGUUUAUUAAUCGGUUCAUGGCGUGGUCGUUCCAACAUGCCUGUAAAUUUAAAAUGGUCCAAUGCUUCCAUUGUGAUCCUUGGUUGUCAGAUUGGAACCAACACACAGCCGAAUUGGGAUUCCCUCCUUGAAAAGUUUAAGGGUAAAAUUUCUCUCUGGAAAGGUCGUCAGCUCUCCUUCCGUGGUCGAGCACUCCUUGCCAACGUGUUAGGUCUCAGCAUCUUUUGGUACCAAGCAACAAUUUUUGAUGUCCCCAAGACUGUGAUUGCUCAAAUCAACAAGCUCCUUUUUCCAUUUGUUUGGAAUAAAAAAAGAGAAUGGUUGGCGCGCUCGUCACUUACACAGCCUGUUGAUCAAGGGGGUUUGGGUGUUGUGGAUGUUGGUCGCAAGAUUUCAUCUCUCUGUGUCUUAUGGAUUCGUCGCCUCCUUACCAACUCUUCUGGCCACCCUUGGAUGCUUAUUUUUAAUCAUUACACUCAACUCGUAUUUCAUCAAGAUGUCAACUCUCUUUUUGCUCGUGAUUCCAUCCCUGCAUACUUGACGAAGCGCCUUCCUCCUUUCUAUUCUUCCUUGGUGCGUGCUUGGGUUGAUUUGAAAGGUACCCGAGAUGGUGAUGUCUGGGUUCUACCUCGUCCUCACCGCGACCCGGUCCCUGUUUCUGAUGUUUCUGCUAAGAUGGGUUACUUGUUCUUAUCGGAAUAUCAGCAUGUUGACCAUCGGGCAAUUGCUAAAUUUGCUCAACUCGCUAUCCCUGUUGACUGGCAAAGCGUUUGGUCCCACCUUCGUUUGUGGCGAUUUGUUCGUUCAGUACAAGACACAGCUUGGUUAUCUUCUCACGGCAUCUUACCUACUGCUGAUCGUCUCAUUCGGUUCCAGAUGAAUGUGGACCCUCUCUGUUUCUGCGGACAACCUGAAUCCCUGGUCCAUAUUUUUACUUCCUGUACUCUGGCGACGGAGCUUUUGUCUUGGUUUAUGCUGCAGUUACGAAGGCAGACGUCUCUGGUGGUUCUAACAGAUGCACAGAUCCUAUUUGGAUUUACUUCUCCCUCGCCUACACCGAUCGUUUUCACUGCACUGUUGGGUGUUUUGCGGCAUCACAUGUGGUUAGCUCGCAACAGCCAUCGUUUUGAUGGUAUUUACCCUUUCGCUCCAGAUAUAUUGAAGAAAGCCCGUUCCACCUUCCGAUUCCUUGUUCGUAUGCAUCAAAGGCAUUGUCCUCAAGAUCUUUUUGUUCGCGAAUGGCUUGCUGAUGGUAUCAUUGGCUCCGUAACUGAUCAAGAUUGGAUUCGCUUUUCUCCAGACUUUAUCACCUGA